UUUGUGUUUCAUUAUUCAAGAGAAAUAAUUGACAAAUUUAUUAAUUUUGUGUUGUUUGAUUUUGAUAAUUUGACAUUUGACAGAAAAACACCACAAUGUCAAUUAAAUUUCUUUUGUAACCCAAAAAUAGUCAAAAACCAUGGCUGAAACUCUCCUAAAUCAAGCAUUAUCACCCGAUUUCGACCCCAAACCGUUCAUCAAGUGGCUCACAAGCCCCAACUUGCAGGGGGCCCACAGCGCCCAUUACCCGUGCUCUCGCAGCGAUUUUAUCACGUUUUUUCUCAAUUACGUCCACGAGGACAUCGGUAGUGCUCUCAGCGACCGCAAACCCGACCCCGAAGACAGCAAAAGUAGCAACGAAUUGAAUCGCUCCCACAGCUUCCCCCUCGAUUUAAGCGCGGAAUUGGACAGUAGCGUUGCUAGUAGUACCCCAAAGAUGCUCAAAGUGGGGUCGGAUAGUAGUGUUUUGAGUCACAUGAGCCCCAUUUCGCCCAUUCAAGGUUUCUCACCCAAAACUCUCUGUUUGGGGGAUUUCCUGGUGAAUACGCGGAAAGUUAAACGGAGGAUUAAACCCACGAAUUUGACCCAAAACACCACCGGGUUUCACAAGUCGGAAAAUAGUUUUAAUUUUAGCGGAAAUGAGGAGUUUCCAAGUGGGCGAAGUUUGUUACUCGAGGAGAGACUGAAAGUGGCUUUUUCACGCAGUCCUAGGGCUUUGACUCGAGUGUCAGGGGGCGAAAUUCAAGCCGAAUUGAGUCAAGUCACUCAUCGGUUUGAAAUUGACCGAAUUGUUCAAUUUUAUUGUGUUUUAAUCGACGAUUUUGUGGUUAAUAUCACGAGCGAAAUUUAUUUUUUAAUCUCAUUGCUUUUAAAAAAACAAUUUUUGAGUAAUGAUUGGGGAAUUGCGGUUUUGAGUGAUAAAAUAACAAGUUUCUUGUUUAAUUCAAUUCACAAUGUUGUGUAUUUUGCGAGUAAAUCACUGGAAAAACAGGGCCGGAUUUUGCGUAAUUAUGACAAUUCAACGGUUCGGUUACUAACCGAAAAUAACCGAUUGUGUGAAUUCGCGCCGACUUUGAUCCAAUCAUUGCAACAAAUUGUAAAACCGGACCGAAUUUCCGAAAUUGAAUCGUUUCAAAAUAACAUUUGUUUUAAUUCAGACACUGAUAAUCGUCAAAAUUUCCCGAAUGAUUUAUCAUUUCAUGCGUUUAAAAAACAGCGUGAUUUAUUUUAUGACAUUUUGCGUGUGUGGGAGCAGCACCAUCUAGCGUCCGGUUUUAAUUAUGUGGUGAGUCUUGGCGGGAAAAUUCAAACACUUUUGAGUCUCUCCAACGAACCCACGAAUUUUAUUCAUUUCUCGCGCUUGUUUAAAGCCCAAUUAUUGACAUGUCGCAAUUCGGAUUGUGACGAUUUUGUGACAAGUCUCGAUGUGGAUGCUGAAAAACUGAAUAAACUGAAAAAUCGGUGUGUGACGAAGGAGACUUGUCAUGGGUUGAAUUCGUUGCCGAAGUUCAGCGAAAGUGAGGAGUUUUACAGGGAUUUUAUUGUUGUGGGGGCGAAUUUUGUGUUUAAUCGACAUUUGGCCGAUGCUCUUAUUGAGGAGAUAAUUGAGUUGAAUGAGAGUUAUUUUAGUAAUAAUGAGGAAGAGGGUGAGAAUAGUGUGGAUUUGGUGACGAAAAAGUCGUAUUAUUCGUGUAUUAAAUCGUUGAGGAUUUUGGCUAAGUUUUUGGGGUUUGUUGAGUCGUUGCCGUAUAAAAGUCAGUGUGGGGGUUAUUCGGAACAGUUGAUGACCACGCAUUUGAAAAUACGAAAACAGAUUUGUCCGAAUUUCGACGUGAAAACCCUCCUCGAAACUUCAGUUCGUCGCAAAUCAGUGAUUUUGUGCGUCCCUUGGCUCAUCAAAUACCUCUCAAUGCUCGACACAGUCACCCUAAAACUCCCCUAUUACACCCAAAUCCAUAGCACUCUUUUCUGGAUAUAUCGCAAUUUUGAUUGGGGUCCCGACCCCAACAUCUACCUCAUCAAAUUCUGUCUUGGUUGGCUAUUUGAACUUCCACACAUCCCCGACCACAACUACUCCUUUUUUUUCUCAACUCCACCUCAAAACACAACUCCCAAAACCCACAUUGACCAAUUAGAAAUCGUCGAUCAAGAUAUUUUAUAUUUUUGUUGUCCAUAUUUAAACGAAAUCAAGAAACUCCUAACAACAACUUCAACCAAUCAGAUGAUUACAAUAAAGCAUAUAACUCCGGUUACUGCACAACAACAAACACCGGACGAAAUCGCCCGGAAAAAACUCGAACAACAACUUGAAGAUGCAUUUUUCAAUGGACAACCGAUUUCGUUGCGAAAAAGUGUCGAUUUUGUUAGUGAAAGAGUCGCAUCGACUUGUGUUAAAUAUGUGUGUGGUGUUUUAGUGCCUGAAUAUAAGAAAAAAUCACUUGAAAAAUUCAAAAACUUGAUUUGUGAUGAAGAUGUUAGUGGUUUGAAAUUGAAAGCGAAUCAGUUUGCUACAGAGUGUUUACAAGAGUUUCAAGAAGUUUGUGAGAGUGAAAUUGAGAAAAUUUUAGACAGUAAAGUGAAAAAUGGAGUUGAAGCUUUAUUGGCGAUGGAUGUUUUGCCACAGACAAGAGAGGUUUGUGUGGGGAUUACGAGGAAAAUGUGUAGGGAGAGGGUGAGGCAAUGGGUGGAGGCACAUGUCACGAUUGUGAUUUUCACCAAGGAUUUCAACGACGAGAUUUAUAAAAUGACUAAUACGGAAACGAAAAAAUUAAAAAAACCGCUUUUUAUGCUGCCCCCAGGCGGCUCCAAGUCGCAACACAAUGACAAAACAAUCAGUGGCGCACAUCUCGUUGAAAAAUUUAGGAAUUUAACAACUGACGUCAUUGAAGGAAAACAAAAUGUCUCCAAUCAACUAAACACCCUAUUGGACGCCACCAUCAAGAGUAUAAACGAAAGAGGGGACUUCAAUCAGUGUGUUUUGGCUACACUGUGUACUGUAAUACUCGAUUUAAUUAUUUUAUUACUCGGCCAUGAUGCUCGUAUUUUAUCACAAGAUGGCGUUCUGUCAAAAUCACGUGACAUUUGGUGUUUGUAUUAUAAUGGUUGUGAUGAUCUUUUUAAAUCGUUGUUAUCACCACGAAAUGUCAUAAUUUUGGGCCAAUCAAAAGUCACGUGGGACGCAUUUGCCCAAUUUUGUGCGUUUCUAUUGGAGCACAAUCUAUUGACUUGUGAUAGUUUUGAAUCGCAGUGUACUGGGAUUUUUCGGACUGAGUGGGAUCAGGUAACUUUGACGUUUAUUACAGAUUUUUUCAGAACUUUUCACAAGUUGUAUCGUGAUCAAGGUGGCCGUGCGUCCGAUUUUACUUUUCUACUUGACUUUUUCUCCGAUUAUUGUGGAGACUUGAUUUAAUUUUUUAUUGUAUUUUAAUAAAUAAAUUUUAUUUAUUUAGA